UAAUUUUUUUUUCCACAGCAUUCAACCAUUCAACUUAAGUUCAACUUGUAAAAACAUUGAAGAACUGAUGAAGCACCAAUGGUCUCACUGCCUACAAAAACUAAGUUUGUAGUUUUUCACUUUUGACAAUUGGUAGUUCUAAAGUGAAUGUCCAAACUCCUCCUCCAUCAUGCAAGGGAUUGUGGGCAAUAUUUGCCAUCUUGGUCAUUUUAGAACACUCAUUUCAACAUACUUUGAGACACACUAAUUCUAAUCUUGGAUACUAUUUAGGGUGAAUAGGGUUCUAAUUGGGACAAGAAUAGUGAUUGGUUAAUUUGCUAUAAUGACCUCAAAUUUCCCUGUAGAGAGAACAGCACCCUCAUUGGAACAUAUUCACAAAAAUGGCUCUGAGAGCACACAAUCACCUUUCAUAACACAAAAUAAGUGUAUUUUAAUGCUAACUUUUAUCUUUUUAACUGAUGGUGAAUAAAUAUACAUUUUCAUGAUGAGAAUAGGUUAAAGUAUAUGUCUUUCUCUGCUCAAAGUAGUUGUUUUGGACUCCAGGAAAAUAAAUCUCAACAAGGGCUUUCUGCAAUUAUCUCCCCAAUCACCUGUUGCACGUUCUUUUGCCCCAGGCAACUUAAAGUCUACAAAAGGGGGGAUCAGUCAACUCUUCUUUGACAGGAUGUGCUCUCUCUCUCUCUCUUUGUAAGGUUAUGGGUUUGAUUAUGUGGUUGUGGGUGGUGGGAUUCAUUGCUGAGACAGUCAGAGUGUGGGGUGCAGGUCUGUCCUGUGGUCUGCGGCGCAUAUCUGUCUCAGAGAGCCUGUACAAAGAGGGAGAUGUGAUAAUUGGUGGUCUAUUUCCUGUACACACUGAAGCACCAGAACCUGACCAUGCUUACAAUCAAAUGCAGCGUGGCGCUCGCUGCCAGGGAGUUGACCUUCGUUCAUACCGUUGGCUCAAAGCUAUGAUCUUUACAGUGGAGGAGAUUAAUCGGGACCCUGUUCUGCUUCCAAAUGUUACUCUGGGGUAUCUUGUAGCUGACACCUGCCUUGCAGAGGGCACGACCCUGAGAGCUGCUUUAGCUCUGGUUGCAGGGCAGGAGGAGACAGUGUCGGGAGCAGAGUGCAACGGGGCCCCAAUGGUGCCUGUCAUUAUCGGAGACGCCCGUUCCUCGGCCUCAAUAGUGGUGUCUGACACACUUGGAGUGUUUGAUAUCCCCAUGGUGAGUUACUUUGCCUCUUGUGCUUGUCUCAGUGACAGUCGUAGAUUUCACACAUUCAUGCGCACUGUUCCCAGUGAUGCCUUCCAGGCCAAGGCCAUGGCCCGCCUGUUGCGCCUGCUGUACUGGACAUGGGUGGGUGUGGUUGCAGGAGAUGAUGAAUAUGGCAAAAGCGGUGUGCAGCUUCUCUUGAAAGAGCUGGAGGGUACAGGGGUCUGUGUUGACUACCUGGAAUUCAUCCCUAAGUCACAUUCACAAAGCAGAAUCAGAUGGAUUGUGGAGAGGAUUCAGACUUCCACAGCUCGUGUGGUGGUAACCUUUGCCAUUGCCCCAGACAUAGAAGUCCUAUUCAAGGAAGUUAUUGUGCAGAAUGUGACCAACAGGCAGUGGAUAGCCACAGAGGCUUGGAGCACUUCCAUUCAGUCCUUCGACUCAAAGAGCAUUCCUCUCCUAGCUGGUACCAUUGGCUUUGCAUUGCGCAGGGCUGACAUUCAGGGUCUUGGUGCUUUUCUUGCCCAGCUGAGCCCUGUGAGGCAGCCAAAUGAGCCAUUCGUUAAAGAUGUAUGGGAAGAUAUUUUUGGUUGCACACUGGAGCAGGACUGGCAGCCUUCAUUUAAAAAACCAAAGUGCACAGGCUCAGAGGAUGUGGAGAAACAUGGGCUUAUCUACACAGAUGUCUCACAGCUGAGAGUCACUUACAAUGUGUAUAAGGCUGUAUAUGCUAUUGCCAAUGCUAUUCAGAACAUGAUGGCCUGUCAGCCGGGUAGAGGGCCAUAUGAAAAUGGAAAAUGUCCUGAUAUGACCAAAAUAAAGCCCAGACAGCUUCUGCACUACUUAAAUGCAGUAAAUUUCACAACACCUGUGGGAGAACUGAUCUAUUUUGAAGAUAAUGGAGAGCCAUCAGCCUCUUAUGACAUUAUGAACUGGCAUGUAGAUAAAAGCGGAGCAGUGAAUUUUGUUCAGGUGGGACAGUUUGAUGCAGCCAAAGGACCAGGCCAGGAGCUGAACAUAAACCUUGAGCGAGUGGUUUGGGGAGGGGGCUGGAAUAACCUGGUACCAGUGUCUGUGUGCAGUGCGAGCUGUCCUGCAGGCACUAGAAAGGCUGUAAAGAAAGGAAAACCAGUCUGCUGUUUUGACUGCCUCUCUUGUGCAGCAGGGGAAAUAAGUAAUGUGACAGACUCUUCAGAGUGUAUGAAAUGUCCAGAGUGGUUCUGGUCAAACAUUGAGAGGACAAGGUGCAUCCCUAAGGUUGUGGAGUUUCUGUCAUUGCAAGAUACUAUGGGAAUUGUGCUUACAGUCUUAUCUGUCACUGGGGCAACACUGACCACAACUGUUCUGGCUGCAUUUUUCCGUCAUCGUGACACACCUCUCGUGCGAGCCAACAACUCAGAGCUGAGCUUCCUGCUGUUGGUAUCACUCACACUCUGCUUCCUGUGUGCACUAGUUUUCAUUGGCCGGCCUGCGCCGUGGAACUGCAUGCUACGUCACACCCUGUUUGGAGUGAGCUUUGUGAUCUGCAUCGCCUGUGUCCUCAGUAAGACUGUGGUGGUACUGGUGGCUUUUCGGGCCACUCUGCCUGGAUCUAACCUGAUGCAAUACUUUGGACCUAUACAGCAGAGGGCAGGAAUCUUACUUUGCACACUGGUUCAAGUUAUUAUAUGUUUGCUGUGGCUCUUGAUGGCUCCUCCUCUUCCCACAGAAAGUUCAGGAGGUGAGCUUGGUGCCCGGGUGAUCUUGCAGUGCACUGUAGGAUCAGUAGUGGGGUUUGUACUGGUGCUGGGCUACAUCGGCCUGCUAGCAGUGGUCUGCUUCUUGUUGGCUUUCCUUGCUCGGAAGCUACCAGACAAUUUCAAUGAGGCUAAAUUCAUUACUUUCAGCAUGCUGAUCUUCUGUGCUGUGUGGAUUGCAUUUGUUCCAGCAUACAUCAGCUCACCAGGGAAGUACACAGUGGCUGUGGAGAUUUUUGCCAUUCUAGCCUCCAGUUACGGCAUGCUGCUGUGUAUCUUCACUCCAAAGUGUUACAUAAUUUUGCUUAGACCUGAAAAAAAUACAAAAAAGAACAUGAUGGCCAGAUAGGGGUAAAAAAAAAAAAAAAAGUACGACUUUUGUGAGAAGAUACCCGUUUCAUGAGGGGAUUUUCUAUCGUUAUGUAGAAACACCAAGUUCUGGUGAAUUAAUCAGUUAAAAGUUAAUCUAAAUGUAUUAGUUUAUUACAAAUACAAAGAUGAUACCAUAGACAGUCAUGCUGUGUUUCCUCUAAAUGUGAUAGAUAGUUUUGUGUCUGUAAUGUUUAUUUUGAUGAACUGUAUAUCAGUAAAAUAUUAAAUAAAAAACUAAAUUUGAAAUAAACAAAAAAUAAUAAUAACAAUAAAAAAUCCUGAUUUCCAAGUUUUAUCCCUGACCCUGCCUAACCAUUACAAUGUGUGCUGAAGAGGAAACACCAAGGCUCAUUGAAAAUGUUUCAUGGGCUCAUCAAAUAUCCCCCUUUUUCCCCCAAACCCACAACCCAAAACAAAUCCUCAUUUUUAACUGUCCCUUGCUGACAUGGACUAACAGCCUCCACAAUGAAGUGUCUCCACAGUGUCUCUCCUCUUCAGAUAUAUCUUGGUUAUCAGCAGUCAUGCUCGCCAAGAGAGUCUCACAGUUAUUACCAGCUGCGUCAAGCUGAACAAAGACCCCUGUAAGUCAUCCUGAAUUAUCCCAUUGUGGUGACUGGGUUCCAUAUGUCUGAUACCAGAUAGUGAGGGUGGGAGAGAGAUACAUCUAUAGCACAUCUUCACUGUAGACUGGGUCUGUACAAAAUAUCUAGAAAUACAAGAAGAAAGGACUUCUCUGAGUAAAGCACACAGCAAACAGGGAAUUAAACAGAUAAUUAUUAAUGAGUUAUUAUGAAAUCAGCAGGCAGGUAUUAUUAAUACCAGUGACAGAAAUGUUGUUCUAAAAUUUGUAGUCUAUUUAUUUUAGAACACAACCCUAGUAAUAAUGA